AUGGUUCGCUCGCGUGUGCUAUCAUUCAUAUCAGCAAUUGGUGGCUCGUCCCGCAAAGAUCGUCCUGAACAACGUCAUCGGGCAUUCUCAGCUUCAGUCGUCGGGAACACGCCUCCGUCAAGAGUCGAUACAGAUCCACCCUCCCCUCAAGAUGCUUCACCAACAGGACUGUCGUCGAACGACCGCCGGAUAUCGCGGCCUGCGUCAACGAUCUUCUCACAUGAUCCUCCGUUCAUAGAAAUCUCCCAAGAUACCCCUCCAGAGCUCCAGCCAAUCUUCACUUUCCUCAAUAGUCAUGCGAAUAAGCUGUACCAUGAAGGUUAUUUUCUUAAAUUGAAUGAUUUAGAUAACCAUGGCCGACCAUGUCCUGAUCGACAGUGGGUGGAAUGCUAUGCACAACUUAUCGGGACGGCUCUUUCACUAUGGGAUGCUGCUGCGCUGGACGCAGCGGGUGAAAAAGAAGGCCCUCCAACAUUUAUCAACCUGGCGGAUGCGUCCAUCAAAGUGAUCGAGACACUACCUACACGGAACUCAGAGACGCCGGCGGUGAAGAAUGUUCUAAGUAUCUGCUCAGCGGGUCAAAAUCGAUACCUCCUGCACUUUAACUCCUUCCAUUCCCUGAUACAAUGGACUUCAGCUAUCCGCUUAUCCUUGUUUGAACAUACGUCACUGUACGAGGCAUACACUGGCGCAAUCAUUGCAGGAAAAGGGAAGGGCCUGAACGGUAUCCGCACCAUUCUCGAGCGCAACCGCUUCAAGCAUGAGGAUUGGGCUCGUGUGAGAUUCGGGGCGGGGACACCUUGGAGGCGGUGUUGGUUUGUUAUCACCCCUCCAAAUGAAAAAGAAUUCCAAAAGGCGCAGAAGUCCCUUAAGAAAAAGUCAGCCUAUGACCGGGCACCUAAACUGGUCACAGGAAACAUUAUGUUCUAUGAGACGAAGAAAACGAAGAAAGCAAAGCCGAUUGCAACAAUCACCGAUGCCUACAGUGCUUACGCUAUAUAUCCUCAGUCCGAGGCGCUGAUUGACCAAUCCACCCUGGUAAAGAUUGAGGGAAAUGUCACAAUUCAUUCUCAGCAACAGUCAAGUUCGGAAGGGUUUGUUUUCGUCAUGCCAGAGUCACACCCAGCCGUGUCUGGUUUCGAAACAAUGAUACGGUUCCUGAUGCCCACUUUCGACACUUUCAAUCUUUACGGACGCCCUACCCGUCUAAUUGCCGCUACGAAUCACAUUAAGAGCAUUAUGUUCGCGUUCCCGAAACAGCGGCGCUAUGGCUAUCUGGACAUCUUGGACAUCGCUAAUUUGAUGCAAACUGCGGGUAGCCAGAAUUGGAGUGAGGCAGAAUGGAGGAAGCAGCUGAAGGAGGCGACCGCACGUCGCAUGGCAGCUGCUGGCAGCAGAACAAGCAGCAUAUCCAGCAAACCACGUUUUCGAGCAAGUCUUCCAAGUCGCCACAGCAAUGUUCACGCUGGACUUCGUCGAAACGAGACCUUCCCGGAGAGCGAAGCUGGCUACAAUCAGUCCACCGAUGCGAUAGUUCACGAGGAGCCUGACAGUGCAGAUUUUUCGCCAACCUAUCAUGCACGGGGUACUUCAGAUACAGCUGGGCUGUCAGCUAUCAGAAAGCAGGCACAGGCUUCUAUAGUCGAGAGCUCUCCGUCUUCUUCGGCGCGUGACUUAAUACAGGCCGGGAACGAACGUCCUAGUACCAACGAGUUCAACGAUCAGAGCAGCUCUGAUAGUGAUUGGAGACAACGUGUAGAUUCUCACCCUGUACCUGAAGCUGAAGCUAUUCGAGAACAUUUCCGGGAGCCUUCUCCUCCCUCACCCGUCUCCAAUCCCCCGGCUUUCACUCAUGGACCAGGCGAAAUGCCCUCAGCGCGGCCUCACCCGUCGCCAGAUCUGAGGAAGGCUAAUAACAGAAUGUCCAACGCGACCCUUGCGCAGCUUGCUGCUGCUUCAGGAAGGAUGAAUCUGCUCGGCGCCUUUGAAGGCCAGGAAGUCAGAGAGACUGAUGAUGAAAAGCCUCAAACUCCGACUCCUACCGAUUCUUAUAAAGCUGAGUUUGAGAUGCCAAGUGUUCCUUCCCUGUUAUCGGAGUCGAGUGACAAGAGAGGUAGCCCACAGGAACAGGGCCCACCAACACCGGAGCAUAGGACCAGUGUAUUCGGUCCUCCUCUAGAGAGGCUAAACGAGAGCAACCUUCACAUUGAUACAGGAAAAUCUGUCAGGAGAAAGCCAGUCCCUGGCCAGCAAUACAAAGACUCUACCGUAUCAAGCCCCAUUGAACCUAGCUUUGAUGAUCUCCGCCAUACUGUUGACGAAGAGGCCUUGAAUCGUGUCAGCUCUUACCAACCGUCUUUCCCUUCGCCUGUUAGGGAGCGCCACCAGGAGGACGAAAGCGUUUAUGAUGAUGAAUCCACGACCUCCCCCGACUACGCCAGUACGCGUGGGUCCGUCUACAGCAAACGUUCUACUAAGUCGAUACCUAGACCGAGAAUGGGCGUAAUGAAGACCGUUGGAACGGAGCCCAGGAAGGAUUUGGUUAUUGGCGAUGCUCACUAUUCCGUCGACCAGGCAUCGCAGAAACAUAACCCUGAUAUCCCCAGUGUUGAUUUCGGUCCAACGAUGACUCUCAUGCCAACGACUGGGCGUCCGACUACUUCCGAUACAUUAAAGAAGCUCGGCCACCAGAGGAGUGACUCGGAAUCUACCGAAAGACAACGAUACCCUCAGAUGGACCGUGGUCACUCAAGAUCACCAAGCCAGGAUGAGUUUCGACGAAGUGUCUUGUGGCAGCCUGGCAUGGCCGCCGCGCGUCCAGUCACGCCUGGUCUCACUCCAGAGCAGUUCGUGCAGCAGCGUGCAGCACCCAGCCCACCACUCCAUGUACAUCACCGGACUUCUUCUGCGACUCCAACAACCCCACCGGCACGGCCUGUAUCCGGUGAUUGGAUGACUCACAACCGAUCUCAUUCUCAAAUGAGUAUUGGCAGAGACAGCCAAGGGCGACCACGUUCUCGCGGCGCCAAUAGCAUGAUCAACUAUAAUGAUAUCUCGUCUCACCUUUCUGCUCGAGAACAGGAACAUGUGGCUCGGAUGACAGGUUCAUCGUUCUUCAAUCUCAGCAGUGGGAACCAAAAACAGCAACAACCGGUUAACCCAAUGGGAUUAGUUGGUGCCAUUGAUGCUCGGGAGCGUGAGAAGAAGAGCAUCAUGGAGGGAAUGUCGUCUCACAUGGUGCAGCAUGCUAUCGCCCAGCGUCAACAACAGUGGCAGCAGCAUCCGAUAGCCCCGGGCAGCUCCUAUGGCAUCCAAAGUGGUACCCCUAAUAGUGUUUACAAUAUCCCAGCGGCGAGCCACACUUGGGAUGCCCUCAAUCAAUCGUACCGACCCGAGGAGCCCCGACGCCAAUCUUGGUAUGGGCAACUUCAAACCCCGCAACCUCAGGCGUAUCAGCAAAGCCAAUAUUUCGGCCAGCAAUCUGGUCAAUUUGCCAAUGCGAACGCCCUGCAUUAUUGA